UUUACGAGAAGAUGUUCUAGCUGAGUGUGAAGACCCAUAUUGCUAACAGAAAGCGCAGUAUAACUGAAUUAUACCGGACAUUUAUUGUGAACAGAACCACAGUAUGACAAGGAAGAUUUGGUGAACUCUCCUCUCUUACCUGUGUGGUUCCUCUGUAUACCCCGUGAGGAGAAGCAGUCAGCCUGUCUCUGUCAUGUCAGGGACCUAUACUCCAGCCCCAGGUGGGCCAUUCUCCGCUCUCACUCCCAGCAUGUGGCCUCAAGACAUACUCGCCAAGUACUACCAGAAGGAUCCCAGUGUGGAGUGUGAGUUGCAGUAUGAUGAGUUUGGCUUUCGGAUCGACACUGAAGACGGCGUGGAGUCAGGGCCGUGGCUGCGUGGCGAGCGGAAUCUGCACUGUGAGGAUCCACAGCAGAGGCUCCGUUGGCAAGCCCACCUGGAGUUCACCCAUAACCACACGGUGGGAGACCUGACCUGGGACCUCAUCUCCCCAACCCUGCCCCGCUCCGAACGCCUGCGUACCCUACUGCUGGGAGGCAUCCCCCACAGCAUGAGAGCACAGUUAUGGAUGCGUUUAUCAGGAGCGCUGCAGAAAAAGAGGACGUCAGAGAUUACCUACAGAGAAAUUGUUAAAAACAGCUCAAACGACGACACAACCGCAGCCAAACAGAUUGAGAAGGACCUGUUGCGGACUAUACCCACCAAUGCCUGUUUCAGUAAUCUGUCCAGCGUGGGCGUGCCCCGGCUCCGGCGGGUCCUGAGGGGACUGGCGUGGCUCUACCCGGACAUCGGCUACUGCCAGGGCACAGGCAUGGUGGUGUCGUGCUUGCUGUUGUUCCUGGAGGAGGAGGAUGCUCUGUGGAUGAUGUGUGCUCUUAUAGAGGACCUGUUGCCUCCCUCCUAUUUCUCCUCCACGCUGCUGGGAGUGCAGACAGACCAGCGCGUCCUCAGACAGCUCAUCGUUCAGUACCUGCCCCGUCUGGACCGCCUGCUGCAGGAGCACGAUAUCGAGCUGUCUCUGAUUACUUUACACUGGUUCCUGACGUCUUUCGCCAGCGUGGUGGACAUCCGUGUCCUACUGCGGAUCUGGGACCUGCUCUUCUAUGACGGCUCCGUCGUGCUCUUUCAGGUCACACUGGGCAUGCUCAAGAUCAAGGAGGAGGAGCUGGUGUCAUCUGAGAAUUCUGCGUCGAUCUUUAACACGCUGUCGGACCUGCCCAGCCAGCUGGAGGACGGGGCGGUGGUUCUGGGUGAGGCUGUGCGAGUGGCGGGCUCUUUGACCCAAGAGCACCUGGAUGCCCAGAGACACAAACACCUGGCUUACAUACUGGCCGAACAAGCCCAGCUCAACUCCAACACCAGCACCAACCUCAACAAGGUGGUGCGCAGACAGAGCCUACGCAGGAAGUCCACUCUGACUUCGCUGCUGUUCGGGGAGGAUGAGGCAGAGGCCCUGAAGGCCAAGAACAUCAAACAGACGGAGUUGGUGGCGGCGCUGAGAGAGGCCAUCUCCAGAACCGCCGAGCACUUUCACUGCCUGGAUCCUCGCAACUGCAGCGUGGACUUGACCCCAGACUACUCUAUGGAGAGUCAUCAAAGGGACCAUGAGAAUUUUUUGGUGGUGUCGCGGAAUCGGAGGAGACGGGCAAAGGCCCUCUUGGAUUUUGAACGUCACGAUGAUGAUGAGCUUGGCUUUCGGAAAAACGACAUCAUCACAAUCAUUUCUCAGAAAGAUGAACACUGCUGGGUGGGAGAACUCAAUGGUUUGCGCGGCUGGUUUCCAGCAAAAUUUGUUGAGAUCUUGGAUGAACGAAGUAAAGAGUACUCUCUGGCGGGUGAUGACUCGGUGACGGGGGCAGUGACAGACCUGGUGAGGGGAACACUGUGUCCUGCUCUCAAGGCCAUUUUUCAGCACGGUCUGAAGAAGCCCUCCAUACUGGGCGGACCCUGUCACCCCUGGCUCUUUAUCGAAGAGGCUGCCAGCAGAGAGGUGGAGAGAGACUUUAAUUCUGUCUAUUCUCGACUGGUGCUUUGUAAAACGUACAGGUUAGAUGAGGAUGGGAAAGUGUUAACGCCAGAGGAACUCCUGUACAGAGCAGUUCAGUCUGUGAAUAUGAGUCAUGACAGUGCACACGUUCAAAUGGACGUCAAGUUCCGCUCUCUGAUCUGUGUAGGUCUGAAUGAGCAGGUGUUACACCUGUGGUUAGAGGUGUUGUGUUCCAGUAUAAAUGCAGUGGAGAAGUGGUACCACCCCUGGUCAUUCCUUCGCAGCCCUGGCUGGGUCCAGAUCAAGUGUGAGCUCAGAGUUCUCUCCAAGUUUGCUUUCAAUCUCUCUCAAGACUGUGAGCUACCUGCCAAAAAGGAGGAAAGAGAGCAGAAGCCACUGAAGGAAGGAGUCCAGGACAUGCUGGUGAAGCAUCAUCUCUUUAGCUGGGACAUCGACGGCUAGACACACACAUACACCUGUUACACACACGCACACACACAUGCGCGCGCACACACACACACACACA